UACAAAAAAGAUGAUGUUCUUCUUGAGAUUUCCUUCAAUGAAGAACAUGGUUGUCUUACUCAUUUUGAUGGCCCUGUUUGGCAUUUCAUCUCUCAAAGUGGAUUGCAAGGUUCUUGAUAGCUGUUCUUCAGACAGCAAUUGUGGCAAUGGAUACUGGUGUUCUUCCUGCCCUGCAGGCUUCUCUGGAUCACGUUGUGUUCGGUCUGCAACAACAAACCAAUUCCAGUUAAUUAACAACUCAUUACCUUUCAAUAAAUAUGCAUAUCUAACGACGCACAAUUCUUAUGCUAUCGAGGGCGAACCAUCGCACACCGGAGUUCCAAGAGUUACUUUCAAUAACCAAGAAGACACUGUCACUCAACAGCUAAAUAAUGGAGUCAGAGCUUUAAUGUUGGACACAUAUGACUUCGAUAACGAUGUUUGGUUAUGCCAUUCGACAGGAGGAAAAUGCUAUGACAUAACUGCAUUUGAACCAGCAAUUGACACGAUGAAGGAAAUCGAAACAUUCUUAUCGGCAAAUCCAUCAGAAAUUGUGACAUUGAUCUUAGAAGACUAUGUUAGUACUCCAAAUGGAUUGACAAAAGUGUUCAAUGAGUCUGGAUUAAUGAAAUACUGGUUUCCUCUUUCAAGUAUGCCUCAGAAUGGACAAAAUUGGCCUCUUGUCAGUGACAUGGUUGCGAAAAAUCAUCGUCUAAUUGUCUUCACAUCAAUUAAAUCAAAGCAAGAAACCGAAGGCAUCGCGUAUCAAUGGAAUUUCAUGGUAGAAAAUCAAUACGGCGACGGAGGAAUGAAUGCAGGACAAUGCUCGAACCGAGCUGAAUCUUCGGCUCUUAAUGAUGAAACAAAAGCUCUGGUUCUAGUGAAUUAUUUUCCGUCAAUGCCGAAUAAAUACGGAGCAUGUGUUGAUAAUUCAGAUGAACUUCUAAACAUGUUAAAAACAUGUUAUGGAGCAGCAGGAAACCGAUGGGCUAAUUUCGUCGCAGUCGAUUACUAUAAGAGGAGUGAUGGAGGAGGAUCAUUUCAAGCUGAUGACAUGCUAAAUGGAAGAUUGUUAUGUGGAUGUGAUGAUGUUCAUGCUUGUGCUAAAGGAUCAAGUUCUGGUGCAUGUACAUUUCCAUGAGAUCAGUUUUAUGUUAAUUUUUUAUGAAACAGUACUGAACUUAUUAUAAUGUUAAUUAUAAGCUAAUCAUGCUGAAAACAAGGAAGAUAACAUGAUGAUUGGAACUUUUAGAAAGACAUGCAUGC